AUGGGCGUGUCCGUGCUCGCGCCCCCAGGGACCCCGGGCGGGCCCUGCGUCUGCUUCGCCCCGCGGCCGGGGCGGGGACGAGGCGCGGGCCGGGGCCGCGGGAAGGUCACGGUGCGCUACGACCGAAGGGAGCUCCGCAAGCGCCUCCACCUCGAGGAGUGGAUCCUGCGGCAGCUCACGGCGCUCUACGACUGCCUGGAGGAGGAGAUCCCGAGGCUGGAGAUCGACGUGGACGAACUGCUCGACAUGGAGAGCGACGGCGCCCGCAGCGCCCGCGUGCAGGAGAUCCUCGUUGACUGUUGCAAACCCACAGAGGCGUUCGUGGGGACCUGCUGGAGAAGUCCGGGGAUGCAGAAACUCAACACCCCCGAGAAGAAAUGA